UGGUGAAGAAUUGGUUCGAUUUAAUUAAGGUUGAAUGGCGGGACUGCUACUACACCUCAAAUCGCAAGUCAAUGAUGCAGCCUUCUGCUGCUCCUGCUGCAUCACUUAAAGUGGCUGCGCGGGACACACCAGCAAAUAGCAGCAGCAGCAACAGCAGCAGCAGCAGCAACAACAUUUGCAACAACAAGAGCGAAAGCAGCAGCAACAACAGCAAGCAGCAGCAGCAGCAACAGCAGCAGCAGCAACAGCAACAGCAGCAACAGCAACAGCAGUUCGAAUUUUGUGGGUUUGGGGUUUCGCUUGAGCUUCUCAAGGUGCCUUCGAGUUGGCCUGAAUCCGUGGGCCGGGGCAUCGGCGCUGCAGCGGGAACGGGCGCGAGCAGCAGCAGCAGCAGCAGCAGCAGCAGCAGCGGCGACAGCAGCAGCAGCAGCAGCAGCACGAGCAGCUGGGGUGUACGCACACUGAUGUCGGCACCUACAGGGGAGGCAGCCACCUCUGGCGAGGCGAAGACCCCCAGACAGGCCGCAGCAGCAACCGCAGCAGCAGCAGCAGCAGCCACUGCUGCAGCAGCAGCAGCAAGAUGCCCUCAAACCCAGGGGGCCCCCGGGGGGCCCCCCAUGAUCACUCCCACUUUUGUUGAACUGCUGCGGCUGCUGCCGGGGCCCCUGCGGGGGCAGCGGGCGCUUGAGGUGUACGUACACUCCAAAAUGACGGACCUGGGCUUCCUGCCCUGCGACGACGAGGACCCGCCCGCAGCAGCAGCAGCAGCAGCAGCAGCAGCAGCAGCAGCAGCAGCAAGGCCCGGCUCUCUCAUUAGCUUGCCAGGGGGCCAAAUAGCCCGCGUGAUUUACAGCUCGGAGGGCGAGGGGGCGGAGGGCUGGAGCUGUACGUACACCCGGCCGGAGUGGCGCGUGUUUGCUGCUGCUGCAGCCCCCCAGCAGCAGCAGCAGCAGCAGCAGCAGCAGCAGCAGCAGCAGCAGCUGGUGGCCGGCCGCAGGCUCAGGCUCAGCCUCGGCAAAGUGGGCGGCCGCGCUGUGCUGCGGGCGGACUGCACUGACAGCAGCAGCGCUGCUGUGCUGCUGGAGCUGCCGGAUGACUUAGCAGCAGCAGCAGCAGCAGCAGCAGCAGCAGAAGCCCCGCCUGCGGACCCCCUGCAGCAGUUCGACACCGAAAAACUGCAGGCAAGCCACGCCAGGUCGCUGGAGGCUCUGCUGCACGACCGGCUGUGCCCUCUGCCUCAAUGGGGGCCCCCGGGGGCCCCCUCACAGAGGCCCUCGAGAGGGGGGCCCCUCCCAAGCCCGCGCACGGGGGCCCCCACCGCGCUGCUGCCCCCCAGGGGGCCCCCCUCCUCCUUCUUGGGGCCCCUUCCUAGUGUGGGUGGAGAUGACUUGAGGCCCCCCUUGGGGCCCCCCGGGUUGGGGGGCCCCCCGGGGGCCCCCGGGGGCCCCCCGGGGGGCCCCUGGGGCCCCGCGGGGGGCGGGGGGUCUCUUGUGGGCCCCGGCCAUCCUCUCUUUGGAGUGGAAGGAGAAGGCGGCAGGUGUACAGACCCACCCAAGCUCCCUAAGCUUUCAAGUAAGACCCCGAACACAGCUGUGGUCCCACGUUUCAAGGCUGCUGCGACAGCAGCAGCAGCAGCAGCAGCAGGUGCAGCAGCAGCAACAGCAGCAGCAGCAGCAGCAGCAGAAGCAGUAGAGAUGAGCGUAUCGGUGGUGAACGCGAAGGCGGACGUGCUGCGUGCUGCUGCAGCACUAGCAGCAAACUGCAGCGCAGCAAAAGGGCUGCAGGAUGUCUUGAAGUCCAACUUGGGGCCCAAGGGCACAGUCAAGAUGCUUGUGGGGGGGGCGGGGCAGCUGAAGCUGACGAAGGACGGCUGCGUGCUGCUGCACGAAAUGCAAAUCCAACAUCCAACAGCAGCUUUAAUUGCAAGAGCAGCAACAGCUCAAGACGAGAUAACUGGAGACGGAACCACCAGCGCAGUCCUCUUCGUGGGAGAACUCCUCAGACAGGCCGAACGAUUUAUUGCUGAGGGAGUUCACCCGCGGCUGCUGUGCGCGGGCUUUGAUAAGGCCCGGCAGAAGACCCUGGAGCUGCUGGACGAGGUGAAGGUGAAGGUGGCGGUGGAGCCGCGUCCGGACCGGGAGCUGCUGCUGUCAGUGGCGAGGACUUCUUUGAGAACAAAAGUGGAAAAAAGUUUGGCAGAUAAAUUGGCGGAGGACUUGGUGGAGGCGCUGGGGUGUCUGUACAGGCCGGGCGAGCCGCUGGACCUCUUCAUGCUCGAAGUGCUGCACAUGAAGCACCGCCUCGUCGACGAAACCAAACUCAUCAAGGCGAGGGGAAUGGUGCUGGACCACGGGUGCAGACACCCCGACAUGCCGAAGCGCAUGCAGAACUGCUUCGUGUUGACUUUGAACGUUUCUUUGGAGUACGAAAGAAGCGAAGUUGCUGCUGGCUUUUUUUACUCUUCGGCGCAGCAGCGGCAGCAGCUGGCAGCAGCAGAAAGGAGUUUUACGGACGCAAAAGUGCAGAAGAUCAUAGCCUUCAAACGCAGUGUCUGUACACCCGAAAACAAAAAACACUUCCUCCUGCUCAACCAGAAGGGCAUCGACCCGCCCAGCCUCGACAUGCUCGCCAAGGAGGGCAUCAUGGCGCUCAGACGG